AUGUCAUCAGCUCAAGAACAAUGGAUCAUCAGUCCCCUUCAUCCUGCACACCGUCUUACCCUACAAAAGGCCAAAGAUUUUCGCUGUGGUGCUUGUUUCGAGACAUACUUUUUGCUCAAAGAUGUGUAUGGCUGCAGCGAGUGCAAUUUCAACCUUGAUCUUGAAUGCGCUAAGAUAAGUCUCGCUACUAAUGAAAUCGAAGAAGAGGCAGCCAUAGAAGAAGGGGAAGAUCUGUAUUUUAUCCACGGUCAUACAUUGAAACUUUAUAAGAAUAUACCUGAUGAUCGUUUAGAAUGUGGCAUAUGUGGAAGUUACUGCUCCGAUCACGCCUGUUGUUGCUUCAGAUGUUCCUUGUUUCUCCAUCCAUCGUGUUCCUUGCAGAAGUAUCUUCGAGUGUUGGAUUCUCUCCUUCAUCCACAACACCCUCUCACCCUGUUGGAUAAGUACGCGAGGCCAAUAAAUUCGUCCAUUGAAGAAAGAAAAUGCAAUGCCUGUCGCAAGCAUAUCCAUGGCCUUGCCUACGCUUGUCACUUAUGCAGGUUUUACCUGCACGUUGAAUGCAGUGUGAUAAAGCCUUCCAUAAAAUUUCAAGGUCAUCGUCACUUUAUACAUUUCAGGGAAGAUAUCAAGAAAAAUCAACUUCAGUGCAGCGCAUGCAAUCGAAAUGUUUGUGAAUCACAUGCCUUCACUUGUCUAGAUUGUGAUUUCAAUCUCCAUCUUGGCUGUGGCCCCUUACCAUAUAUCAUUCAAAAUGAAUGUCAUAUGGAUCCCCUCGUUCUUACAAUUUCACCUGUUAUAGAGGAGGAUGAGACAGACGAAUUCUACUGCCAUGUUUGUGAAGAAGAAAGAGAUUCACAACUACCCGUUUAUUAUUGCGCAGACUGUCAUUUUAUUGCAGAAAUCAAUUGCGUCUACUCUCAAGUAGCAUCAUCACUAAAGGGAGAGCUGGAUGGACAUGUAGAGUUAAGGAAUACUCUUGGCGGAUUGCCUGGUAUAUUGAUUAGCGUAAAUGCAAUUGAAGAGAUAUUGCGAAAGAAUAAUGAACAAGUGAAGCCAACAUCAACAUUGCGUGAUAUUGUAGACUCUUUGAGUAAAGAAGAAUUGAACGAAUUGAGCCGUGUUUUGGCUAUGGAAACUGUUUCUUCUGAAGAGGAUGACGAUAGGGAAUACUUGAACACUUCCUUGUUGAUCAGUGUUUUGGCUAUGGAAACCGCUACUGCUGAAGAGGGUGACAAUAAUGAAGAUAGGGAAUACAUCAAAACUUUCUGGCCUUUUAUAAAGGGUUUCAUAAAAUUCAUAAAGAGUCAAGCCGAUGGUAGAAAGAUUAGUGAGCAAUUGGAGACUUUUCUUAAGUAUUCGGAAAAUGAUGACUUGCUUUCUGAGAGGGCUCACAUGCAAUUCCUGAAGUUUCUUGAUUGUGGCAAAAUUAUUCAUAAACCAUGGGAAAGCCAAGAAGAGCUUGUCAAUGUUGGGGAUUAUAUGGUUCCACUAAGGUUGGUCCCUAUCCUUACGCACUUGCUUUCCAAACAUGAAGAUGUUAGUGCCAAGUCUUUCCUAAGCCCAAAGGUAAAACUAAUUCUCUUAAACAUUUUAUGUGAGUGUAUAUAUAGCAUGACAAACAUCAAGGUUGUGGAUAUCACAGCAGAACUUCUUCAAAAUUGGUGGACAAGCUUUAAAAUCUUACAAUUCGCAAGAUUUGAAACUUCCUUUGCCUUCAAUCAUUUGAAGAGAGUUGCACAAGCUUGCUUUGCUCUUUUUGUUGAAAAGAAAGAAAACUUUGCUCUUGAUAACAUCCAUAAAAAUAUUGCAAAUCAUUGUGAGGCUACUAAGGCACUUGAAGAGAACCGCGAUCGCAUAAAAGUUGCAAAAUCUGCAAAAUCUAGUUUAAUUGAGGAAUGGUCGAGAGAUGCUUCGGUACUAAAGUACAGAAGAGCGGGUACAGGACUACUAACUUUUUCAGCAUAG